AUCUGCCAACGCUAUCCUACAAUCUUUCUUCCUCGUUCAGGUUUUGAUUCUCUAUCCUCCCCUUUCCUCCUCUUCCUGAUUGAAUCCGUAUCUUUUCACAUCUCCUCAACGAGAAAACUCGAGGUUAUCCCCCAAACGCGUCCUCUAAGCGCCUUUUCCUCACCGCAGCCUUCUCUCUUCUCGUCCUCUCCUAAGGGAGGUCCCACACAUCUCGACUCCUAAACUCCUAACACCCGGACCUUUAUUUCUCUUUUCCACCCUUUCCCCUACUCCCUCAUCACUCUAAGCGGGAUAUUCAUUUUUCUGACCCGUCGCGGUCUGUUCCACCCAUCUAUGCGCGUCUACACGCGUGCUAGGAGGAUCGCCCCGUCGUGGGUCCUACUCUAACGAUCCUGGCGCCCCUCCGAGAGUAAUGCCAGGGCUCGCUGGCCCCUUGGGGGCCCCGAAUUCCGGGUAUCCUCCCACUCGGGAGGUUAUCGACCUAACGCUUGAUGAUAUGGAUGUGGACGAAAUCCAAAACCACCGGCCUCCUGAACAUCCAACACAAUUGAACGGGGUGUCGGCAGGCCUGAAGAAGGAACCUAAUGGCGAUCAGGUUACUUUCGUGUCGACCCUCGCCCAUCGGGCGCAAUCAUUAAGUCCGCAAAAGCAGAAGCAAAAAUCUCUGGACAAUGCGGGCUUUCUUGUUUCAAAGAAUACAGAAACAUCAUCCUCGGCCUAUCAUCACAGUCCCUACGAUGAUAGCGGGGAUAAUGAGCUUUCUUAUCGUGUCGCGUCUACGGUUAUCCCCCAGAAGCGUAAAAGCCAGAGCGCCGAGGGGACGGACGUGAAUGAUUCUUCGGAUGAAUUAUCCUUGCCAUUUGUCUCUCAAAAUACUGUCCUUGAGAAUGAAGUGGGCUCUUCAUCCACUGGCCCCAGUCUUAAGGCGCUUGGGAAGAGGGCCGCGAUUGCCCCGAAGACCCCAAGCCCGGCACCUCAUUUACCCCCUCAGGACUCCGUGAGCGUUGUGAUUCCUUCUCCCUCAGCGGCUCAGAGGAAGCAGAUGAAACCGUCGCUCAAGCCUGAAUUCAUCGGCAUCUGUGAACGGUACUUUCCAACUGGCCGAGAAGAGCAGAUCAAGGCCCAGCGACGUGCAUACCCGAUUGCUAAACCUGCCACUGUUGACAAGAAGGUGAUCCCGUUCACGAUUGCAAAGCCAACGCCAACGAAGCCGGAGCCUAAAAAGCCCGGUGCUUCCCUCUCCCUGGCGAGAAGCGUGUUCCCCUCUCAUGCUUCCGCCUCAAACCGAGUUACAGAGCCUGUCACCAGCGCUUCAACUGCAAAGUUUCUUCGCAAGAAGCUCCGGAAGAAACUGAAGCGAAUUUGUGGCGGUCCGGAAACCUUGUUUGAAAUUGAUGAUGAGAAACUAGCUGCCCUGUCUGCCAAUUUCUUCUUUGUUGGCGACUAUCGACUCGGGCCCGGCGUCACGCCAGUCGACGACGAUUUUCUCACCGGCUGUGACUGUGGCACCGUUUGUGAUCCUAAUACCUGCGGCUGCCUGAUUGAGGAGGUCGAUAGUGAUGAACUGAUCGUGGCCUAUGAACGACUAGAUUCCGGAAAAGUCGUCUUGCGAAAGGACUUUCUGGACCGAAAAGCAAUGAUCUCCGAGUGCAGCUCCCGAUGCCUUUGUGCCGGGAGCAACUGCUGGAACCACGUCGUCCAGCGCGGUCGUCAGGUCCGCCUGGAAGUGUUCGAUACUGGCGAGCGUGGACUCGGUCUGCGGUGUCUGGAGCCUCUUAUCACCGGCCAAUUCGUCGAUUGCUAUUUCGGUGAAGUGAUCACUAAGAAAGACGCCGAUGCUCGCGAAUCCGCCAACGAAGGCAAGCCGUCUUAUCUCUUUAACUUGGACUGGCUCCUCGGUAAUGGACAUCAUACCUACGAGGAGAGCUAUGUCGUUGACGGGCAGAAAUUCGGCUCCGCCACGAGGUUCAUCAACCAUUCUUGCAAUCCCAAUUGCAAGAUCAUCCCCGUUUCGACCAAUCGCCUCUCUGACCAGCGGCUCUACUAUCUUGCCUUUUUUGCCAUUCGCGACAUUCCCGCCAAUACAGAGCUUACGUUUGAUUACCACCCGAAAUGGGAUCAAGAGAAGCAGAUUGACCCUAACGCUGUCAAAUGUCUCUGCGGCGAACCGAAUUGCCGAGGCCAGCUGUGGCCUAAUAUUCGCAAAAAGGGCAACAAAGAGGAAUAGUCUUUAGUCCUCCUGACAGGAUGAUCCUUUUGUCGCCCGACCCUACCUGCGACUCCACGAAGCCGAGCCUUUGGGCUGUUACCUCCUCUCCAUCCUCCAUUUCACCACCCUCCUUCCUCAUAAAACAUACAUUUCAGCACAGCGAUGGUCCUUCUUCUCCUUGCCAUUUGGCGUGUUUGUGUUUAGAGCAUCUGCAUACAUAGGCGAGAGGCGCAAUGAUUGUAGCAUCACCUUUACAUCUGAGCUUUUACAUACCCUGACGAUAAUAACGACGGAGCAUCAAUGCAUA